GUUAACGUCCAGCUUAAAUAAAAACAUUGAAUAUGCUUCUUUAUAGAGAUAUUAUUAGUGGUGACGAACUUAUAUCAGAUGCGUACAAUUUAAAGGAGGUUGAUGAUGUAGUAUAUGAGGUUGAUUGCGCUAUGGUUCAAAUUAAACAAGGAGAAGUUGAUAUUGGUGCCAAUCCAUCUGCUGAAGGAGAUGAGGAAGUAGCAGAAGAUGGUGUUGAAAUUGUGAAUAAUGUUGUUUAUUCUUUUCGUUUAGUUUCUACAACAUAUACAAAAAAAGAUUAUCAAGUUUAUAUUAAAUCAUAUUUGAAAAAGCUCAAACAGUAUUUGCAAGAGAAUCGACCAGAUCGUGUUGAAGUAUUUGAGAAGGGAGUGACGACAUUUAUUAAAAAAGUUUUGGCUAAUUUUUCCGAUUAUGAUUUUUUUAUAGGAGAAAGUAUGGAUGUAGAUGGAAUGGUAGUGUUGUUGAAUUAUCGUGAAGAUGGAAUAACACCAUAUAUGACAUUUUUUAAAGAUGGUCUUAAAGAAGAAAAGCUUUAAGCAUAUUAAAUAGAAAAGAAGCAAUAUGUAUGUAAAAUAUUAGAAAAUAUGUAAAGUAUAUUUUUUUAUUUAAAAAUGAGA